AUGCUCGGAGCGUCCGUUGCCUUCCUCUGCCUUCUCGCCCAUUCUUCGUACGUCUCUUCCUCUGCUCUCCUCCCGCUGGUCAAGAACCCGGCGAUGUGCUUCCUCGCGGCCAGCAGUGACGUGGAGGACAGGAUCAUGGUGUCGGAACUGAAGCUGCGGCUGGGCAACCAGGCGACUAUCAACGAGAUGGCAGACGAGGACCUUGACGACUAUGCUGAAGCUGGUUUCGACGCUCUCUGCUUGAUGGGAGUCUGGCAGCCGAGCAAGUUCAGCCUGCAGAAGUCAAUGAAAGGAAGCGGAGGAGGCGAAGGAGCAGCCACGGCAGCUGCUGGAGCAGCCAGCUCUCCAUACGCCAUCGUCGAUUACUCUGUGAACAACGAGUUCGGCGGGAACUUGGCGCUGGCAAAGCUGCGCAGUAGAUUGCACGAGCGAGGCCUGAGGUUGUUCCUUGACUUCGUUCCCAACCACAUGGCCGUCGACCAUAUUCAGGGCAAGGCAGAGGACUUGGAGAGAGAGCCACAGAAUUUUUUCCGCGUUGGGUCGAAUGUGUUUGCUCAUGGGAGGGACCCAUACUUUGACGGUUGGGAGGAUACAGUCCAGUUGAACUACGCAAAUCCUGAUCUGCGCGCUGAGAUGUGCACAAUCUUAACCAAGAUCGUGAGCAUCUGCGACGGAGUGAGAUGCGAUAUGGCUAUGCUGCUCUGCCCGGACAUUCUGGAACAAACGUGGGGCAAGCACCUCGGAAGUGUUGGCGCUUUCAAGGAGCCGUUCUGGCCUGAUGCCAUCAAAGUAGCGCGAGCGAUUCACGAAGAUUUCAUCCUCAUGGGUGAGGUCUACUGGGGAAGGGACUUGGACCUGCAGCAGUUCGGGUUUGACUUCACCUUCGACAAGAACCUCUACGACAAGUGCAUCGAAGGAAACGCUCUCGCCGUCCGCCAGCACCUCGGCACACCGCUUCCUUCCCAGGACCGUAUGGUGCGCUACCUUGAGAACCACGAAGAGAAACGGAUAGCUCAGG